CCUGACCCAUGUUCACCAUUUAUAUGUAUGGGAGUGCGGUGGGUUCUACUUGGAAAGUGACUCCUGCUUACUUCACCUCCUUCCUUCUUUCUUCCUCCUUAUCUAUCUUCUUCUUCUCCUUCUUCUUCUUCAGACAUUUGUAUUCUACCUUCAUUGAGUGUGAGAGAGAGACAGAGAUAGUGUGUGAGGAGAGGUAGAGAGAUGGGGAAUUGCCAGGCCAUAGAUGCAGCUGCGUUGGUCAUACAGCAUCCUUGCGGCAGGAUAGAGAGGUUGUAUUGGACGGUGAGUGCGGGAGAGGUGAUGAGAAUGAACCCGGGACAUUAUGUUUCUCUUAUCAUUCCAUUGCCCAUCCCUCAAGAUCAUGACACUCCUGAUAACAAGACUGUGCGCUUCACCCGUGUUAAGCUUCUCCGCCCCACCGAUACUCUUGUUCUUGGUCAUGCCUACCGCCUCAUCACUUCUCAAGAGGUUAUGAAGGUGCUGCGGGCAAAGAAGUAUGCGAAGAUGAAGAAGAACCAGGUGGAAUCAGCAGAGAAGUUACAGGGAAUGGCGGAGAGGCAGAGUUCAAGUUGUGAAGAAGAUGGAGGAAGGUCUGAAAUGGAGAAAUCCAAUCAGGUGGUGAAGCAUGAAAGACACCGACCGAGGACAGCAUCAACGACUUCUGCUGCAGCGGCAAGGUCAAAAUCAUGGCGACCCUCAUUGCAGAGCAUCUCUGAGGCUGGAAGCUGAUUCUUCUUCCAAUUUUAACUUGCAGGAUGUCCAGUGGAAACUGCAAUGGACAGCCACAAAACAUUCACUGCUGGUCUUCCUCAAACCUGGAAACAAAGACGCAAGACAUCCAGGAGAGUGGUAGUACCAAGCUGUUAUAAGCCACUGUCAACAAAUCCCACAUUCCAACCAUUUUGAGUAAUAAGAUCUCUGUAUAGCUAAGAAAGUGCAAUGGAUCAGACAUUGUUUUUAAAA